AUGAGGCUCUCUUAUCUGGCCGUAGCCACCGCCUUGGCUACCAUCACAACAGCUGCAGCAACCCCCAAGCAGCAAUGUCACUGCCUGCCCGGUGACUCUUGUUGGCCCUCAGUCUCCGCCUGGAACUUGCUGAACGCAACCGUUGGUGGGCGUCUGGUCGCCACCAAGCCCAUUGGAUCGCCCUGCCAUGAUCCUACAUACGAUGCCGCGGCUUGUGCUGCUCUGCAGUCAUCCUGGACCAACCCCUUGACACACAUUCCCUCCUCGUCUUCUGUUAUGCAAUCUUACUUUGCCAACCAGUCCUGCGACCCUUUUACUGACAGAGCUGUCCCCUGCACCCUCGGCAACUAUGUUAGCUACGCUGUCGAUGUACGCUGCACCGCAGACGUCAGCCUUGCUCUCACGUUUGCCAAAUUCAACAACCUCCGAGUCGUCGUCCGCAACACCGGUCAUGACUUCCUUGGACGUUCUACCGGUGCCGGGGCCCUUGCGAUCUGGACGAACCACUUGAAGACCAUUGACUUCUCAACAUGGUCUGACAAGUACUACACCGGCCCGGCCGUGAAUGUCGGUGCCGGUGUCCUCGGUUACGAGAUCCUUGAGGCUGCCCAUGCAAAGGGUCUUGCUGUCGUCUCUGGUGAAUGCGCCACAGUUGGCCUUGCUGGCGGUUUCACUCAGGGAGGUGGCCACUCUGCCUUGUCAACUCAAUUCGGUCUCGGAGCCGAUCAGACCCUCGCCUUCCAAGUAGUUACCGCCGACGGUAAGACUGUCGUCGCCUCUGCGACACAGAACACCGACUUGUACUGGGCCCUCAGCGGUGGCGGCGGCGGCACUUUCGGCGUCGUCACUGGCCUGACCGUCCGUGCCUACCCGGCCCAAACCGUCGGCGGUGCUGCCUUCCAGCUUCUCGCCGCGACGACCACGCCCGAGAAGUUCAACGCCGCUGUCUCCAAGUUCCACGAGCUGCUGCCCGCCAUGACAGACCAGGGCGCUUUUGCUGUCUUCCUCCACAAUGCCCAGUUCCUCGUCCUUCGUCCCUUGACUGUCUGGAACUCGACUGCUGCCUACGUUCGCGACGUCGUCCUUGCGCCCUUCACCAAGGCCCUUCAGGAGGAACUUGGUAUCACUCUGGCCGUUGCUUACAGCGAGCUGUCUUACCGCGACCACUACGACCGCUACAUGGGUCCUCUUCCCCAAGGCAACCUUGAGGUGACGCGCUACCAGUUCGGUGGUCGUCUUAUCCCCCGCGAAGCGAUCGAGAACAACAACGCAGAAUACCAAAAGGUCGUCCAGAACCUGACCGCCAACGGCGUCCUCCUCGCCGGUAGCGUCGGACACUACAACAAGCCCGCCGGUGCGCCCGAGAACUCGGUCCACCCGGCGUGGCGCAAGGCCGUCAUGCAGCUCCAGCUCAUUACCAACUGGGACAAUGCUGCGCCGUGGGCCGAUAUGGAGGCUUCGCAGAAACGCAUGACGGAGGAGUUCAUGCCUUGGAUUACGGCUGUUACUCCGGGUAGCGCUUCGUACAUGAACGAGGCUGACUUCAGGCAGCCGGAUUGGCAGAAUGCCUUCUUUGGUACCAACUACGCCAAGUUGCUCACGAUUAAGAAGAAGUAUGAUCCUGAAUCGCUCUUCUACGUCCUUAAGGGCGUCGGUAGCGAGGCGUGGACUGUUGCAGCCAACGGACAGAUGUGCCGGGCUUGA